UCAAAUUUUGGCUAGACAGGUUACAGAACUCCCCUGCAGCCAUGAGAUGGAAGUUUACCGUUCAUGAUCUAGGUGCCGGGGCUCAAGAAAGCGCGUACGGGAACUCCUCUUGCCCAGUGGCUUCGAAUCUUGGUCGGCGGGUCUACUGGUCUCGGCACGGUUCUCAUGUUCAACAUCACUUUGGCUAUUUAGUCAGGAUCCAUCUUCUAUCGUUUUUGUCCUUACCUCGUGGGCUGUGGCGUGAGCUCUUCCUAUCUUUUGAUAUCACAACACCACCAGUUUUAAUGAGCUUCACUCCUAGAAGAUCCCUGGAUGGCUAUUAUGACAACGUAUCGUGGACACGUCCGUACAAGGCAAGAUGCGAUUUUGCUUUUUGAGGCUUGUCAGCUGGACGUAUUGCCCAAAAUUCAACGCCGUUUAUCACGUAAGGAACGAAAAGAUGUGAUAUUGCCUGGCGCGGUAUUUGUUUGGGACGAGGUAGAAGCCGGCAUUCAGAGGUGGACAGAUGGGAGACUGUGGGGUUCCAUUACGCUAUCAGAAGAGUUCAUCAUACGUCGAGAGAUGGAAAGGAAGGCAAGAAGACCGAGCAAUGUCCAGGAACGCCCUGUAUUAGACGCGGAUAGUGCAGGUAGUCGACGUGGAAGUGACGGAGGGGAACAAAUGGAGGAAGAAACAACGGACGAUUACCAAUACAAGAAAAACGGACUUGUCAGGCGAUCAAUGACUAUCAGCUCGAAUGGACGCCAACUUCAUUUGGUGACUUAUGACGACCAAACUUGCAGAGAUACCUCGGAGCUGCCUUGCCCUACCACAGAUUCUCUCCUGAAGCACUUGGUUGAGGAGAAAAUUGCGUCACGUUCAGCACCUCCCCUUACAAUAUUUCACGAAUCGAGGUUAAGAACCGAAAACCGUUAUGGAGAUUCAAAUGCUUGCUUGCAGCCUGUCUUUGGAGCACAUUUCAAUGGUGCAUUGCCAUCUAAUGCAUACGUGCCGGAUUCCAGGGAUCCAAAUCUCCACUGCAGUGCUCCCCCAGGUCGAAUACAUCAAGGAAAUGAAACGGCGAUGAAUCUCUACAGAUUACUUGCAUCUUUAACACAAAGCUCAUCCAACAUGCCACAGGGUCCACCACCCCAGCCACAGCACUUGGAAAAUUAUUGUGUCCGCACACCAGCUAUGUCAACUUACCCACCACCAUUUUUUAUUCCAGCAGUACAUACGUAUCCAUUCCAAACGAUUCCUCCACCUCAAGGGCUCCUUACUUCCUCAAAUCAACUCCAUGCUCCUUUUCCACCAGUAUUUGUCAGUUUUCAGCAGGCAGGGGUCAACGCUCAUCAGAGAAAUCAUGACCAUUUUAACCCACUAAACAAUACAAUCGAAAUGUCAAAUUCAGCUGGCGCGCCUGGCAGCAUUGGUGUCCAGUCCGUGAGUUUUCCACCAUGCUCGUCCCUCCCAAUGCCAGAAAUCCCACCAAAUUCAACAGGUACGCCUCACAAAGGCUUGUCAACCCAGAAGCCGAAGUUCAGGGCAGUAGGAACGGCUAGCGAGACAGGUUGGGAAAAUGGCAAGAAAGGAGAUGUUAGCAAUCAGACUUUGAAGGUCCACAGAGAUGAUGCAAAUGCUGUGCGUUCUUUGGAUAAGAGGUUCUUAAUUGAUUGAGAUUCAAUUCAUAUUUGCGAAAUUCAGCAGUGGAGAAGAUGGAUCCCUGCCAUGAUGCUUCUGUAAGCGACAAUGUGAAGCUUUUGAGCAACUCGCGAUGAAGUACUGGGCAAUGAUGCUGGCUGGGAAUUCACGAAGCCUUUCCCCAAGAGAGUUUCACAUACCAACAGAUAACCAAAACGCAUCUUCAUCACAAUAUCUCGUGGGGUCAAAAGAC